AUGGAUACUACAUUUGAACUAUGCAGAGACUUAACUACACUUGCAAUGCAUUUGAACUCUUCUGGAUUUUUAUUUUUCUAUCAUAAUGCAUUAAUAGAUUCGAUUUAUUUAGAGCUUGCAGACCUAGAAGAGAAAUUAACCAAUGAACAACUUGAAUAUUUACGUCAAUGUGAGUAUAUUUAUUCUAUUGUCAUACUUGUUAAUAUUCCAUUAUCUAACCUAGUUUAUACAAUGAAGAAAUAUCCCACCCGCAACGAACUCCAAGCAAUUGCCAAACAAUGGAAUAUUGAUGAUUGGGAAUUUUAUCAUGAUUUGGAUGAUUGGUUUUUCAGUCGACGUUUAGCUGAGCAAGUAGUUGUACUACGAAGUUAUGAAGCACGAACAAGUGCAGCUUAA